GGACGCUUGCUGCUCAAGCAACAAGCUUAGCGUUGAUAGCUAAGCUCUAAAAACGUACCUACCUCUUAAAUUAUUUUAGCACCACUGACAAAGAAGACGAAAUGGAGGUGCCGAUGGAUCCCUUGUUUCUUGCAUGGAGCUACUUUAGAAGACGGAAGUUCCAACCAUGUUCUGAUAUUUGUUCGAAGAUAUUAGAGGACAGUCCAUACGACCAGGCUGCAUGGAGUCUGAAGACCUGUGCUCUGACAGAGAUGGUGUACAUUGAUGAGGUGGAGGUGGACCAAGAGGGGAUCGCUGAGAUGAUGCUGGAUGAAAGCUCCAUUGCCCAGGUUGCUCGCCCUGGGACAUCACUGAGGCGUCCUGAAACAAGCCAUGGAGGUGGACCUACUCCAGCUAUCAGGCCCAUGACCCAAUCGGGACGACCAAUCACAGGGUUUGUGAGGCCCAGUACCCAGUCUGGCAGACCAGGGACAAUGGAACAGGCCAUUAAGACCCCGCGCACGGCACACACUGCCCGCCCUGUCACUGGUGCAUCUGGGAGAUUUGUCCGGCUGGGAACAGCCUCCAUGUUAACCAAUCCUGAGGGGCCAUUUAUAAAUUUGUCAAGACUCAACUUGGCUAAAUAUGCCCAGAAGCCCAAUUUAUCCAAGACCUUGUUUGAGUACAUCUUCCAUCAUGAAAAUGAUGUAAAAAAUGCUUUAGACCUGGCUGCUCUGGCCACUGAGAAUGCUCAGUUCAAAGACUGGUGGUGGAAAGUCCAGCUGGGGAAGUGCUACUACAGACUUGGUUUACACCGGGAAUCAGAAAAACAGUUCAGAUCUGCUCUCAAUCAUCAGGAGGUGGUGGACACAUACCUCUAUCUGGCCAAGGUGUAUCAGCGGCUUGAUCAACCUAUAACUGCACUGAACCUCUUCAAGCAAGGUCUGGACCACUUCCCUGGGGAGGUCACUCUCUUAACAGGAAUUGCUCGCAUUCACGAGGAGAUGAAUAACAUCACCUCAGCCACAGAGUACUACAAAGAUGUCCUGAAGCAGGACAACACUCACGUUGAGGCUAUCGCCUGCAUAGGCAGCAAUCACUUCUACACGGACCAGCCUGAGAUCGCCUUGCGCUUUUACCGACGGCUGCUGCAGAUGGGGGUAUAUAAUUGCCAGCUGUACAACAACCUGGGAUUGUGCUGCUUUUAUGCCCAGCAGUAUGAUAUGACCCUGUCCUCCUUCGAGAGGGCUCUGGCCCUGGUGGCCAAUGAUGAGGAGCAGGCUGACGUCUGGUACAACAUUGGACACGUGGCCGUGGGAAUAGGAGACCUGACUCUGGCAUCCCAGUGUUUUAAACUGGCCUUGGCCUUCAACAACGACCAUGCUGAGGCCUAUAAUAACCUGGCUGUGCUGGAGCUACGCAAGGGACACAUUGAGCAGUCCAAAGCUUUCCUCCAGACCGCUGCAUCAAUUGCCCCUCACAUGUAUGAGCCACACUUUAACUACUCCACUCUGUCAGACAAGAUUGGAGAUCUGCAGAGUAGCUACACGGCAGCCCAGAGGUCAGAGGAUGCCUUCCCUGAGCAUGUAGAUACCCAGCAGAUCCUGAAACAUCUGCGCCAGCAUUUUGCUGUGCUGUGACCUACUGACCGACACACCUGACUUGACAGUCCAAACUUCCUGUGUGAUAACUUACUUAGUUGUUGUAGAGUGCUGCUAUUGAACAACAGUGACUGGCCUCCUCAUGUUCUGGUUAGACAUCAUCACAAUCUACAGAAAAACAUUCUGCUGUUAGAUGAUGGUGACAAUACACAGGCUAAAUGAUACAAAGGGCAAUUUGGCUUGGGCAACUCACUGCACAGACAUUAUUAUAAAACAGUCAUUUAAAACUGCCUGGCCCAAUGCAGGUCUUAUUAGUUGUAUUUGAAGUGUUUUAUUUGCAGCCAAGAUUGGUUUUGGCAUUUGUUUUUCUCUUCAACUGUUGGUUCACAUACAUGUGUAAUAGUAUUUAAGGUACUUUUAAGCACCGAUAGUGAAUGUACAUAAUAAAGUAUGAACAUGGAAGAAACACAUAUUUACUAUAGUACAUAGCAGUAUAAAUAUAUAUUUUUUUAUAGUGUAUUCAGAUGUAUUUUGGUAUUAACAUUACUCUUGUCAUAAUUUGUAGUCUGUCUUGUUUGUAAGGAAUAAACUAUAUAAACAUGUUUUUUUUUUUUAAAGAUGCAGAACAAAUUAAGUUGUGUUUAACUUUACAGUAUGACAAUUUCUUUUAUCAGAUAAAAUGUUAUGUACAAAUUAAGUUACAUUUGAUUCCAAUGCUUAUUAUUUUGAAUGUAUGUAUUUACUUAUUGAAAUAAUGGAAAUUUUACAGUAAUUUCUAAGCUUUCCUUGAUUUUAUUUCACAUAUCCAUUUCAAUGGAUGUGUACACAGCAUCAUUCCAGGACUUCAUGGGAUAUAUUUUGGGAUGGAUGGCCGCACAGUCCUCCAUUCCAAAGUGGUCUUUGGGCUGUCUCAU